AAAAAGCCCAGAAGAAAAUUCUAAAACAAAUUAGCACGACACGUGUCAUUUAACGGCAGCAAAUCCUUGGACAGACAACGAUAAUAAUCCCCAAUAAUGUCGCUGACAUCAUCGGCACACUUCUCAGUACCACCAAACCCAUUAUUUAGUGUAAAAACGACCACUAUCGCCGCCUCUCGAAUUAAAGCAUCUUCUACUAUGGAUAACAAUCCUCAAUCCACAAACUCACCGUCGAAGAAAGUGGUUGUUUGCGGCGGCGGAGUCAUCGGAGUCUGCGCCGCCUACUAUCUCUCCAAGAAAGGCGCCGCCGUUACUCUCGUCGAGAAAUCAUCCAUCGCCUGCGCAGCCUCCGGGAAAGCCGGCGGGUUUUUAGCGCUUGACUGGUGUGACAGUGGGCCCCUCUCGUCCUUAGCUAGAGCGAGCUUCAAUCUGCACCGUUCAUUAGCUCAGGAGCUAGAUGGUUAUAACACAUACGGCUAUCGCCCUCUCACGACUCUCAGCCUUUCUGUAACUGAAUCGAAAUCUGGUAUUGGGCCAGGCCCAGGGGCUCCGCAAUGGGUCGAUGGGCCUGCAAAGCAAGUGAGGACCAUUGGGACUCCUGAGACUACAGCCCAAGUUCAUCCGCAGCUCUUUACGAGGACUUUGUUGUCGAGGGCUGUGGCGGAGCACGGGGUGGAGGUAGUGAUCGGAAAGUUGGAGAGUGUGGUGGCGGAAGGGGGUUGCGUUACGGCGGUGGAGUUGGAGGGAGGGAGGGUUGUUGAGGCUGAUGCGGUGGUGUUGGCGCUUGGGCCGUGGACAAGUAAGCUGUUGAUGUUAAAUGAGUUGUUCAGAGUUUAUGGGCUUAAGGCCCAUAGUAUUGUUUUGGAGCCUAAAGAAGCUGAUGCUAUUAGCCCACAUGCGCUUUUUUUGAGUUAUUAUGCUGCUGGUGGUGGGAAGCCCAUGGAUCCUGAAGUGUAUCCUCGUCCUACAGGAGAGGUAUAUAUAUGUGGAAUGUCAGCCGAGGUUGAAGUCCCAGAUGAUCCAGAAGAAGUGUUUCCAAACCCAGAAUCAAUUGAAGUCCUUAAAAAGGUUGCCAAGAAUGUAUCAAGUCAUUUGGCGGAAGGGGAAGCCACAGUGAAAGCAGAGCAAGCUUGCUUCUUGCCAUGUACAGAUGACAGUGCGCCAGUCAUCGGUGAAGUUCCAGGGGUGAAAGGAUGUUUUGUGGCAACGGGGCAUAAUUGCUGGGGUAUUCUUAAUGGCCCGGCCACUGGGGCUGCUGUUGCCGAGCUAGUAAUUGAUGGUCAUGCAACUAUUGUUGAUCUUGGAAAAUUCAGUCCUGCAAGAUUUAUUGGAAGGCGAAAGAGUUGAUCAUUUUUCUUUGUUGAAAAGAAACGGUGAAUCAUUGUAGAGUUACAUAUGUGUAUGGCUGGUGUUGUUACUAGUAAAAUCUGUUAGAUUGUGAUGCUGGAAGGCUGGAAAAUGCCAAAUCCUUGCCCUUGGUGUCAUCAUAUCAUUUCACUACUUUCUGACCUUGAUAGAUAUAAGUUCAGUUUCUGAGUUCUUGUAA